UAGCACAGCUGAUAAUAUUGCCCAUCACUAGGCUUAGUAACAAUAAACAAGGAAUAAAAAAGGUAGCUACUACUGGCAGGAUGUCAGCCAUUACGGAAAUACCUGUCCAUCUACCAAAGCUGUUGGUACUGUUCAAAACAGUUGUGCCACAACUGUCCAACAACAAGCACAAGGGGCAGUAUGGACGGAUUGGCGUAAUCGGCGGGUCUUUGGAGUACACCGGUGCGCCCUACUUUGCGGCCAUUUCAUCCUUACGAGUUGGAGCUGAUUUGGCGCAUGUGUUUUGCCAAUCGAACGCGUCAGCUAUUAUCAAGUCCUAUAGUCCUGAUCUGAUCGUACAUCCUGUUCUGGAUAGCGCCGAUGCAGUUGACAAAAUAGUUCCGUGGCUGGAACGUCUUCAUGUGAUCGUUAUUGGCCCUGGCUUGGGUCGGGAACCAAGUAUCCUAAAAACCGCAUCUGACAUACUCAAGCAUUGCUUAGAGGUUAAGAAACCAGUUGUUAUUGACGCCGACGGUCUUUUCCUCCUUAGCGAUAACUACGACUUGAUUUGUGGACAGCGCAAUGUUAUACUAACACCGAAUGUCAUGGAAUUCCGUAGACUAUUUGGGGAGGACAACAACGCGGUGCGCCAAAAAAUGUCGCUUCUGGGAGACGGAGUUGUCAUUCUCGAGAAGGGCGCCAAUGACAAAAUUCAUAUUCCUCAAGCCAACGAAGUCCACACAAUGCCUCUUGGUGGAUCUGGUCGCAGAUGCGGCGGCCAAGGCGACUUGCUUUCCGGAUCCUUGGCGACCUUUUUUAAAUGGUCGCUGGAUUCAAAUGAACCGAACCCAGCCCUCAUAGCAGCCUGUGCCUCUAGCUACUUUGUGAAGAGGUUAAACCUAGCAGCGUUUCAAAAGUUAGGACGCGGCUUGCUAGCCAGUGAUAUGGUGAAUGAAAUACCCGCCAUAUUUCAGGCUGAGUUUGAAAAAGGCGACUCUCAAUAGGCUUGAAGUUGCGGCUAAGAAACUGACUGAGCAGAAAAAUGUAACAUAUUUUGUUGGCAAACAGGAACCAUAUUUUGAUAUUCCUUCUUAAAAAAGAAUGUAAUUGUAAGAAGACUAUUAUCAGUGAAAAGGGGUUAAACUCCAAUACAAUAUCUGUUUCAGUUACUCUAACAGUUCGGACGGGUUACUUUAUUAUAAUUGCACUUUCUGUUCCACCACGUAACAACAUGUGUUUCCAAAUGUUAAUACAUUUGAGAAUUAUGUACGGCAGCGCAUUUAGAAUUCGUAAUGGGAAUUAUAUUUUGUAAUAAAAAGGGGCCACUUUUUCUAUUACGAUAUUACUCUACAAAAGGGUGUAAUAAAAUAAUAAGUAAGUUUUGAACUUUUUCCAUACACAAGAUUACAUCGAUUUUAGUUAUGUAAUGUUGUAGUUUAAAUUAGAUUGUCAACUGAUUAUUUCGAGAAAAAAUUAACAAAUAAAAUAUUACGUUGAAAAAAGAUA